AUGUCCUCCUUUUUGAAAUUUAAGGGAACUGACAUCCAGAGAUUCCUGGAGGAGGCCACCAGCUUGGACCCCCGAUUUAAAUCCAAAGUGAAUAAUGAUGAAGUCUGGGACAGGAUCAGGGAAGCAGCAAUCACUGCAAACACAGUGGCAGCAACAGAUGAGCUCCCGGAGCAAGGAGAGGCACAGAGGGAAGGCUGUGAAGAUGGAGAGGAGGAAGAAGUAGAGGAAGACUAUGCACUGCCACCACCAGUAAAGCAGAAAAGGACAGCCUUGGAGGAACUCUUUGAAGAGGAGGACAACGAGCUGCAGUCAUUUCAAAAAUCGCAGCCCCUUCUUUCCCUGGCCCAGAGAGUGGAUCAGGAGAUCCAGCUGUACAGAAGCUUGCCCUCCAUCCCUUGCAAGGAUAGUGCCACACUGUGGUGGUGGAACAAGAGAGAUACUCUGCCCCUGCUGUCUGGACUGGCUGAACGCUUUCUGUGUGUGCAGGCUUCCUCCACCCCGUCUGAGAGGGUGUUCUCCACUGCUGGAGACACUAUAAGUCCAGAAAGAUCACGUAUCCUUCCUGAAAAAGCAGACAUGCUUAUUUUUCUGCAAAAGAAUUGUUAA